AUGCAUGCAGCUCUCUCUCCUAAGCUCGAGGGUUCCGAACCUGACCUCGAGCGCAAUGAGGACCAUCGCUUCUUCAGGAACAAUACCGUCAGCAGCUUCUCCUGGCAUGAUCUCACCGUCACCGUCAAGGACCGUCACACUAAGCAGCCCCGGAACCUGAUCGAGGGAAUCAGCGGGUCGGUUCAACAAGGUGAAUUGGUCGCUCUGAUGGGCCCCUCAGGAUGCGGCAAGACUACCCUGCUGAACGUCCUGGCUCGUCGCGCGGCUUCAUCCGGGGCGAAGACCACCGGAAACUGCUACGUGAAUGGGACCGGGGUCGACAAUACAACAUUUGGUCGACUGACCUCGUACGUGGAGCAGGAGGAUGCGCUGAUCGGCUCCCUAACGGUGCGCGAGACCCUCAAGUUUGCUGCCGAUCUCUCCUUGCCUAGCUCGGUUACCAAGAUUCAGCGCGAGGAGCGCAUCCAGACCCUGUUACUCGCGUUUGGGAUUCAGAACCAGGCCUCCACCUUGGUGGGCACCCCCAUCCGCAAAGGCAUCAGUGGUGGCCAGAAACGGCGGGUCAGCGUGGCUAGUCAACUCAUGACCUGCCCGAAGAUUCUGUUCUUGGAUGAGCCUACUAGUGGACUGGAUUCGGCCGCGAGUUUCGAAGUGAUCAACUACGUCAAGAAGCUGGCUGUUGCCAACAAUCUCAUCAUCGUCGCCAGUAUCCAUCAGCCGUCGACAGCAACCUUCCAGCUCUUCGACAAACUCCUUCUCCUGUCAGAUGUCCCGAGCUACUUUGACAGCAUCGGCCUCACUCUGCCUGGGAACACCAACCCCGCCGAGUUCAUCCUCGAUCUGGUCAGCUCCGACUUUACCGGCAGCACGCAGGUCGCCUCCGAGGAACAAGUUCAGCAGAUUCAUCAAAGAUGGAGCAACUCCACGAUUGCUGCAUCGCUGAAUGAUAAGGGCUCGCAGCGGUCCAUUCUAUCCGAAAGUGAAGCAGGACAAAUUGAUGUCGAUGAUUUCAGCCAUCCGGGAAUCCCUAGCAUUACCCUCUCUCUCUUGCAUCGUUCCUUUAUCAAGAGUUAUCGCGAUGUUGUGGCAUACGGCAUCCGCAUUGUCAUGUACCUGGGGCUGGCUAUCAUGAUGGGAACCGUCUGGCUGCGUCUGCCUACGAAACAGUCUAGCAUUCAACCGUUUAUCAAUGCAAUUUUCUUCGGCUCCGCCUUCAUGAGCUUCAUGGCCGUAGCCUACGUCCCCGCCUUCCUCGAAGACCGCGCCACCUUUGUGAAAGAGCGCGCCAACGGCCUCUAUGGCGCCCUACCCUUCAUCCUAUCCAACUUUAUCAUCGGCCUUCCCUUUCUCUGUACGCCCUCCCCCUCCCCUCCCCCUCCCCAUCCCCAUCCCCAUCCCCAGACUAACAACCCAGUCCUUAUCUCCCUCCUCUUCUCCAUCAUCUCCUACUGGCUCUCCAACUUCCACCCCACCGCCACCUCCUUCUUCACCUGGGUCAUGUGGCUCUUCCUCGACCUCGUCGCCGCCGAAUCCCUCGUCGUCUUCAUGACCUCCCUCUUCCCCAACUUCGUCAUCGCCCUCGCCCUCGUCGCCUUCGCCAACGGUCUCUGGAUGAGUGUCGGCGGAUUCCUCGUCACCCCGACCAUUCUCAAUCCUUUUUGGAAAUACGUCUUUCACUAUAUCGAUUACCAG